GAACGUCGAUGUCGCUCAGAGCUGGAAAUAUAAGGAAAGACGGGAGGACGCCUAAUGAAGUCCGUGAGAUAAAUUGCACACGUGAGAGUAAUGCACGAGUGGAUGGUGCUGUACGAUUUAGCUUUGGGGAUGUAGAAGUACUAGGAUCUGCAACUGGACCAGUUGAAGCUAACCUAAGGGAUGAGAUAGUCGAUAGAUGUACUAUAGAUGUAAAUUUCCGCUCAAUAAAUAACGUAACAGGUGUACAAUACAAAGAAUUAGCUGAUCAGAUUGAAGGAGCACUCUCUAGCGUCGUAGUAGGAGAACAGCUGCCACGAAGUCUAGUGAGAUUUGUCGUGCAGACGCUCUCAUCACCCCAAACACCAACUUACAUGGUCAAAGAAGCCGUCUCUGCACCACCAUUUAGAAUACCGAUAAGCGAGAAAGCUGCUGCAAUCAAUGGAGCGAUCAUGGCCUCACUUGCAGCGAAUAUUCCACUAUCAGGUGUUCUACUGUGUGUUUCCUUGGCCGUCAUAGAUGAUGUUAUCGUCUUAGAUCCAUCAAGCUACGAGGAAGCCGAUGCAACGUCUGUACACCUCCUAGGCUUUACCUUUAGUAGUACGACCAACAAGGCGCUCUCUAUAUCUGAGAGUCUGGGUAAUUUCAACCAAGAGACUUACAUAGAAAUAAUAAAGGAAGGAUCUAAAAAUGCAGAAAUAAUGUAUAAUUAUAUAAAAACAUUGACGAUUUGAAGAUUUUUUUAG